AUGUCAGUUCCCAGAGGCCCUUCAUGGAUGUGUCGCUCCACAGCCAAGGCCAACCUCCUGCUGUGGAUAUGGCUGACGUCCAUCAGUGUGGCCAUUGUUCAGGCCCAGCAGCACCCAGUGGUCACCACCAAUUAUGGAAAAUUGCGGGGAGUGAAGGUUACAUUACCCAAUGAAAUCCUGGGACCAGUGGAGCAGUAUUUGGGGAUCCCAUAUGCAUUGUCACCAACGGGCGAGCGGAGGUUCCAACCACCGGAGCCACCCAUGUCCUGGCCGGGGAUCAGGAAUGCUACUCAGUUUGCUCCAGUUUGUCCUCAGUUCUUAGAAGACCGCUUUUUACUCAAUGACAUGCUCCCUGUGUGGUUCACUGCCAACUUGGAUACACUGGUAACAUAUGUGCAGGAGCAGAGUGAGGACUGCCUUUACCUGAACAUCUACGUCCCCACGGAGGAUGAUAUCCACGAUGAGAACGGGUUAAAGCCAGUCAUGGUUUACAUCCACGGAGGCUCCUAUAUGGAAGGAACUGGCAACAUGAUUGACGGCAGCAUCCUGGCCAGCUACGGGAAUGUCAUCGUCAUCACAAUCAACUACCGGCUCGGAGUUCUGGGGUUUCUAAGCACAGGGGACCAGGCAGCCAAGGGCAACUAUGGCCUGCUGGAUCAAAUUCAGGCUCUCAGAUGGAUCAAAGAAAACAUCCAGGCCUUCAAAGGAGACCCAAAGAGAGUGACCAUUUUUGGUUCUGGCGCCGGAGCAUCAUGCGUCAGCCUGCUCACCCUCUCGCAUUACUCAGAAGAUCUGUUCCAGAAAGCCAUCAUCCAGAGUGGCACGGCACUGUCCAGCUGGGCGGUCAACUACCAGCCUGCCAAGUACACACGAGCCCUGGCUGAGAAGGUGGGCUGCAACAUGUUGGAUACCAUCGACCUCGUGGAGUGUUUGCAGAACAAGAAUUACAAGGAGCUGAUUGAGCAGUACAUUACACCUGCAAAGUACCACAUCGCUUUCGGGCCUGUGAUUGAUGGAGAUGUGAUUCCAGAUGACCCACAGAUCCUAAUGGAGCAAGGGGAGUUCCUUAACUACGACAUCAUGCUGGGAGUCAAUCAAGGGGAGGGGUUUAAGUUUGUAGAUGGCAUUGUAGACAGUGAGGAUGGGGUGUCUGCCAAUGAUUUUGACUUUGCUGUGUCGGACUUUGUGGACCAUCUCUAUGGCUACCCGGAGGGCAAGGACACUCUGCGCGAAACGAUCAAAUUCAUGUAUACAGACUGGGCGGACAAGGAGAAUCCAGAGACCCGACGCAAGACCCUGGUGGCUCUGUUCACUGACCACCAGUGGGUAGCACCAGCAGUGGCCACAGCUGACCUCCACGCCCAGUAUGGCUCACCCACCUACUUCUACGCUUUCUACCACCAUUGUCAGAGUGACAUGAAGCCCAGCUGGGCUGACUCGGCCCAUGGUGAUGAAGUACCGUACGUGUUUGGAAUCCCUAUGAUUGGCCCCACAGAUCUCUUCAACUGCAACUUCUCCAAGAAUGAUGUGAUGCUGAGCGCUGUUGUCAUGACCUACUGGACUAACUUUGCUAAAACAGGUGAUCCAAACCAGCCAGUUCCACAGGAUACAAAAUUCAUUCACACAAAGCCCAACCGGUUUGAGGAGGUAGCCUGGACCAAGUACAACCCCAAAGACCAGCUCUACCUCCACAUCGGCCUCAAACCACGAGUCCGAGACCACUACCGAGCCACCAAGGUUGCAUUCUGGUUAGAACUAGUACCGCAUCUCCACAACAUAAAUGAAUUUUUUCAGUAUGUAUCCACCACCACCAAGAUACCCCCGCAGGACACCACCCCCUACCCUUACACCAAACGGUUCCCUGGCAAAAACAACUGGCCUUCCACCACCCGCCACCCAGGAGUCCCACCUGCCAACACCAAACAAACGACUGACCAGCGCAAGAGUGGAGACCUGACUGAUGAGUCAACCGUAGUGAUCGAGACCAAGAGGGACUACUCCACUGAGCUCAGUGUCACCAUCGCAGUUGGAGCCUCCCUACUCUUUCUGAACAUCCUCGCCUUUGCUGCACUGUACUACAAGAAAGACAAACGGCGGCAUGAGUCCAACCGGCGCGUUCCCACCCCACAGCGCAACUCUGCUCCAACCAACACACCGUCCACCGCUAAUGAUGUGGCUCACUUACAGAGCGAGGAGUUGAUGUCAUUGCAGAUGAAGCAGCAGCAGCUGGAGCACGAGCACCACCACGAGUGCGAGUCGCUGCAGGCCCACGACACGCUGCGCCUGACUUGCCCGCCUGACUACACUCUCACCCUGCGCCGCUCACCUGAUGACAUUCCCCUGAUGACACCAAGCACCAUCACCAUGAUCCCCAACUCGCUGGCUGGCAUGCAGCCUCUGCACAACUUCAAUACUUUCGGUGGCAGCCAGAACAGUACCAACUUACCCCAUGGCCACUCCACCACACGGGUAUAG